CACAGCCCCGCCGAGAUGUCCGCGCAGAGCCUACUCCACAGUGUCUUCUCGUGCUCCUCGCCGGCCUCGGGCAGCGCGGCCUCGGCCAAGGGCUUCUCCAAGAGGAAGCUUCGCCAGACCCGCAGCCUGGACCCGGCUCUGAUCGGCGGCUGCGGGGGCGAGGCGGGCUCAGAGGGCGGCUCGCGGGGGGCCACCGGGGGCCGCGUCUGCUCCCCGCUGUCCCCGGCCGAGGGUCUCGGCUCUCGCUUGGCGUCCUCUCCCCGGGGCCAGCCUGCCCGGGCCAACCGACUCCCGUCCCCUAGACCCCUCUGCUCGUCCUUCUCCACACCCAGCACCCCGCUGGAGAAGUCACCUUCUGGCAGCUUCCACUUUGACUAUGAGGUCCCCCUUGGUCGCGGCGGCCUCAAGAAGAGCAUGGUACGGGACCUGCCUUCAGUCCUAGGCGGGCCGGGCAGUGGCCGCAGCACCGUCCUCUGCUCCUCCGGGGGGGGCCCCAACGGCAUCUUCGCUUCUCCCAGGAAGUGGCUCCAGCAAAGAAAGUUCCAGUCCCCACCCCACAGCCACGGCCAACCCUAUGUCGUGUGGAAGUCCGAGGGUGACUUCACGUGGAACAGUAUGUCGGGUCGCAGCGUACGGCUGAGGUCAGUCCCCAUCCAGAGCCUCUCGGAGCUGGAGCGAGCCCGGCUGCAGGAAGUGGCUUUUUAUCAGCUGCAGCAGGACUGUGACCUGAGCUGUCAGAUCACCAUUCCCAAAGAUGGACAAAAGCGAAAGAAAUCUUUGAGAAAGAAACUGGAUUCACUAGGGAAGGAGAAAAACAAAGACAGAGAGUUCAUCCCGCAGGCGUUUGGUAUGCCCUUAUCCCAAGUCAUCGCUAACGACCGGGCCUAUAAACUCAAGCACGACUCGCAGAGGGGCGAGCAGAGCGAUGCAUCCGAUUUUGUGGCUUCCCUCCUCCCAUUUGGAAAUAAAAGACAAAACAAAGAACUCUCAAGCAGUAACUCAUCUCUCAGCUCCACCUCGGAAACACCAAAUGAGUCAACGUCCCCCAGUACCCCGGAGCCGGCUCCUCGGGCCAGGAGGAGGGGUGCAAUGUCCGUGGAUUCUAUCACCGAUCUUGAUGACAAUCAGUCUCGACUGCUAGAAGCGUUACAACUCUCCUUGCCUGCCGAGGCUCAAAAUAAAAAAGAAAAAGCCAGAGAUAAGAAACUCAGUCUGAAUCCCAUUUACAGACAGGUCCCCAGGCUGGUGGACAGCUGCUGUCAACAUCUAGAAAAACACGGCCUCCAGACAGUGGGGAUAUUCCGAGUUGGAAGCUCGAAAAAGAGAGUGAGACAAUUACGUGAGGAAUUUGACCGCGGGGUUGACGUCUCCCUGGAGGAAGAGCACUGCGUUCAUGAUGUGGCUGCCUUGCUGAAGGAGUUCCUGAGGGACAUGCCGGACCCCCUUCUCACCAGGGAGCUGUACACAGCUUUCAUCAAUACUCUCUUGUUGGAGCCUGAGGAACAGCUGGGCACCUUGCAGCUCCUCAUCUACCUUCUACCUCCCUGCAAUUGCGACACGCUCCACCGCCUGCUGCAGUUCCUCUCCAUCGUGGCCAGGCACGCUGAGGACAACGUCAGCAAAGACGGGCAAGAGGUCACUGGGAACAAAAUGACAUCUCUAAACUUGGCCACCAUAUUUGGACCCAACCUGCUGCACAAGCAGAAGUCAUCAGACAAGGAAUUCUCGGUCCAGAGUUCAGCCCGGGCUGAAGAGAGCACAGCCAUCAUUGCCGUGGUGCAGAAAAUGAUUGAAAAUUAUGAAGCCCUGUUCAUGGUUCCCCCGGAUCUCCAGAAUGAAGUGCUGAUCAGCCUGUUAGAGACCGAUCCCGAUGUGGUGGACUAUUUACUCAGAAGGAAGGCGUCCCAAUCUUCAAGCCCUGACAUGCUGAGGUCGGAAGUUUCCUUUUCCAUGGGAGGAAGGCAUUCGUCCACAGAUUCCAACAAGGCCUCCAGCGGAGACCUCUCCCCUUAUGACAACAACUCCCCAGUGCUGUCCGAGCGCUCCCUGCUGGCUAUGCAAGAGGACGUGGCCCCGGGGGGCUCGGAGAGGCUUUGCAAAGGGCCAGAGCAGUACGUGCGGGUGAGCCAUCUGCCAUCUUCGAAGUCGAGGGAGAGUUCUCCUGGACCAAGGCUUGGGAAAGAUAUGGCAGAGGAGGCUUUCAAUAUCUGGGGAACUUGGCAUUCAACAUUAAAAAGUGGAUCCAAAGACCCAGGAAUGACAGGUUCCUACGGAGACAUUUUUGAAAGCAGCUCCCUCCGACCGGGGCCGUGUUCUCUUUCUCAGGGGAACCUGUCCCCCAAUUGGCCCCGGUGGCAGGGGAGCCCCAUGGAACUGGACAGCAGUGCGCGGGUCAUUGGCAGGACUCAGACCACGAGCACCAUCGCCGAGUGCACGGCGCACGCCCCCGUGGCCCGCGUCUGCAGCACGCCCCCCGUCAAGGGCGGCGGGGGCGGGAGGCGCGCGCCAAGGCCAAGGCCGGAGCCGUGCUGGACUCCGAGCAGCGCCGAAGACCUCGCGGAGCGCGAGCCGGCGGUGGCCUGGCUGCAGAGGCGAGGCAAGCCUCUGCACCAGAGACCUGCAGAGGGUGCCGGGCACGACAAGAGGCCUCCUCCUCCGUAUCCUGGUCCAGGCAAGCAGGCCCUAGCAUCGGCCCACCAGCCCGCGGAGCCGCCGCUGUGGAGGCCCCAGAGGCCAGAAGGAGGCUCCGGCAGAGCUUUGGAAGAGGGAAGCCAAAGAGCCGAGCGAGAACAUCAGGCCGCCCAGCCAAAAGCGAGCAGCGCCCACCCCAGUCCCGCCAGCGAUGAGAACAGUAAGACCUCGGGGGAACCCAACUGGCUCGACUGGCAGAGAGGGCGGUGGCAGAUCUGGGAGCUCUUAUCCACCGACAGCCCCGACGCCCUCCCGGAAACGCUGGUGUGAGCUCGGCCCUCCCGUCCCGAACAGCUUGCUUCCUCCCAGUGGGGGGAUGGGCGCGUUGGACAGUUGGGCGCUUCCUUGUUUUUCUUCUUGUACACUUAAAAAAAAAUAA